UUCCCGUUGAGCUAAUCGGUCUUCGGUCAACCGCUACACCUGCUCACAGUUUCUCAAAUUUAACCUCCCACAAGUAAACGAAACAUGGAUGAUUUUGACAUGCUGAAUGCGCCCGCCGCUGGAAACGGUGUCGGCGCGGAAGAGGACCCCGCUGCCGCAUUCUUGGCCCAGCAGGAGAGCGAAAUCGCGGGGAUUGAGAACGACGAAGGCUUCAGCAUCCUGGACAGUGGAGAGGUUCCCUCGUCGCUGGGAGACUCCAACGAUGGUGCUGUCAACGGAGAACUUCAUGGGGAAAGCAAUGGUCCAUCAGACGCCUAUGCAGCAAUCUCCAAUGCAGACCGGCUGCAGGCCGAACCUGAAAGCCUUCGUAAGUGGAGGGAGGAGCAAAGAGAGAGGCUGGAGAUGUUAGACGAUAACUCGCGCAAGCAGGAGUCAGAGUGGAAGGAGAAAGCCAAGGUGGAACUGGAAGAGUGGCAUGCCAGGCAGAACGAGCAGCUGGAGAAAACUAAAACCAAUAACAGGGCGGCUGAGGAGGCCAUGAUUUCGGAUAUGGAUGAGACCAACCCUGGCACGGAGUGGGAGCGGGUGGCUCGGCUCUGCGACUUCAACCCCAAGUCCAGCAAGCAGGCCAAAGACGUGUCCCGCAUGCGCUCCGUCCUCAUCUCCCUCAAGCAGUCCCCGCUAGUCCGCUAGGCAGCCAAGGCUACUCAGGGCAUCAUUCCAUAUCAUCCUCUGUCACCACACACCAACCAACCCAAGUACUGAUGUCCCACCAUCUGUAUUCUGAAGACAAGGGGACUUACACCCCUUCUGUCCAUAUCUGUUUGCCAUGCACAGCCCUAUGGAAGGAUACAGCCAGUGGUCCUACCUUCAUCUGUCUCCUCCUGGCAGGGCUGUUGAGAUUAACCUUGAAGCACCAGCUCACCAUUUUCUGCCCCCUGAAAGCUUUUCACCUGUGUGCACGUCUUCCACAGACCAAGCCAGACCUUGUAAAUCCUCUUUCCUGUUUGUUUGAUAUACUGAGAUCAAGGCCUGUUAGAUGGGGACCAGGUCUCAUGAUCUGUGGUGCUGUGUAACACUUGUGUAAGGGUGGUGAGUUGGGACACUAAAAGGGAAGAGUUUAUUGUUUGGGCCUAUAGUUACACUACAACCUGUUUCACAUGGCCCACAAACAAUAUCAUUCCCAUGAUGCUGUACUCUUAACUCCUGUCCUGUCAAUCUUAUGAAUCCUCCUCUGAUUUAAGAGGGUUGAUUGAUGUUAAAUUGUUAUAUUGCCCUCCAGCACAUCGCCUCAUGUUUUCUCAUCCUUUCAAAAACGUAUCUUCAGAAUUUUUCUUCAUUGUUGUUUUUUUUUAAGGACCAAACUCUAAAGACAAAACUCCAAAUUCAGUGUGUGUACUUUGAACUGUGUGUGUAGAGCCUGCUUAUGGCAUAUUGUGUUAAAAUUUUCAAUCUAUGCAUUUCCUUUUGAAAAGCCUCUCCCCCCUCCAGUCAGGAACUGAACAAAGUCCAGUCAUUACAAUAAAUGUGACCCGUCUGUGUGUGUGUUUAAACCUCAACAGUGUGUGUGUAUGUACUCUAUGCGUGUACCUAUGUACAUAUACAGAAGGCAAUAUAUAUACAGUAUAUAAAACGUUUAUGUCACUGAAAUUAGACAGUUGUGGUUUUAAAGAGAACUAGAUAUUAGCCAGCUGUUGCUUGACCAUGCCUGUUCAUUGUCCAUUUGAUUUCAAUAUCAGUAAAAAUUGA